CAUGGAACGUUGAGGGGUAUACAGCUGAUCCACGUUCAUUCGAUGCGUGGAACGUGUUCCCAACGAUUUAGGAACGCAGUUAGGGAACGAUUGUAAUGAAACAGGGAACACAGUUCUAUUUAAAUAGGAGGCAGUACGCGGCUCCCUGCCUAAUCACUUAUUACGCGCUGCAUGUCUAAUCCCUUCCUCUUCUUACGGGCUCCAUGCCUAUCCCCUCAGCUGCGCGACUCCUCCACUGCGCGACUGCUCUUCUCCCAGCUGAUCCACGUUCAUCAUGAAAUUUCACUUGUUGUGCCGAAGGAGGGAACCAGUUUGACAGAGAGCUACAGAUACUUUUCUCUAACUAAGCAGUCAAGAAUUGUUCCAUCCAAACGUCCUUUUGGAAAGGCACGUGCUAUCUAUGUUAGCAACAGUGAUGACACAAUAUUUGGAAGCACAAUGCAGAAUGCGAGACAUCUGCGUAGUAUCACCAUGGAAUCCAUGUUUGUGGCAACAAUUCCCAAUGCCAUAUUCCAGGCGAAACAUUUGAAAUAUCUUGAGAUUUCGAGGCUAAGAUGUGAAGUACUCCCGGAAGCCAUUUCAAAUUUCUGGACCCUACAAGCUCUUCACCUGGCAUCCAGUGAUCUCCUUGAUUUGCCUGAAAGCUUUGGUAAGCUAACUAGGUUAAGAACAUUGAACCUAUCCAAGUCUGAGAAGUUCAAGCGUUUACCAGACUCCAUCGGCGACUGUCAAAUGAUGUCAACCAUUGAUCUUUGCGGUUGUAACAGUCUUACAGUGUUGCCAGACACUAUUGGCAGAAUUGAAAGGCUAAGAGUUUUGAGAUUAAGUUACACAAAGAUCGAGAGGCUUCCAUCAAACAUCAUAACAUUGAGAAAUCUUGAGUGUUUGGAUCUCUGCACGUGUCAAGAGCUGGUAGAGUUGCCCGAAGGCAUUGGGAAUCUAGAUAGGCUUCAAGUCUUGAACCUCAAAGGUUGUAAAUCAUUGGGAGGCAUGCCUGUAGGUGUUGGGCGGCUCAGUCGGCUCCAAAAGCUGGGCUUGUUUGUUGUAGGUGACAGUGAAAAGUUUGCAGGAAUCUCAGAGCUUGCAAAUGUACCUCGGAUUAGUGAGGAACUGAGUAUUAGAGGUAUUCCACAUGGUAUGGACCCAGACGAUGCACAGAUGGCAUGCUUGCAACAAAAAACAAGCUUACAGAGCUUGGACCUAGAAUGGAUGGCACAUAAGGCAUGUGAGGUGGACCUGGAAUGGAUGGCACAUGAGGCAGGUGAGGCGAACAUGGACUUGGAACGGAUGGCACACGAUGCAGGUGAGGUGGACCUGGACCUGGAAAGGAUGGCACUUGAAGCAGGUGAGGUGGACUUGGACUCUGAGUGGAUGCCACUUGAGGCAGGUGAGGUGGACACUGAGUUGGAGCAGGCUGUACUUGAUGGUCUAGAGCCACCGUCACAGAUUAAAGAGUUGAAAAUUAAUGGGUAUUCUGGAAGCCAACACGCAUGCUGGAUGCAGAAUCAAGUGAGUGGCAGAAGAGGACCACAAGAGCUUGUUCACUUCCCAUUUCUGAGGGUGGUGAAGCUAUCUGAUUUCCCUAACUUGAAGCAUCUAGAUGGGCUUGUGGAGCUGCCUUGUUUGGAAGACCUUGAGCUGCGAGCGAUGCCUUGUCUCGAGAGCAUGAGUGGAGGCCCAUUUCCUUCCUUGUCGAGGUUAGAACUGGACACGCUGCCUAGUCUAGGAGAGGUGUGGCUGGUAGCCGAGACAACAAUCCUACCUAGUGGUGAAGGAGCAGGCCACAACGUCCAUGACACUGGCACGCCUGGCUCUGGACGACAGGUCCGUGUUGGUGGUCGCUUGUCAUAUCUGUUUAUACAAGACUGUCCCAGGUUGAGGCUCAGGCCGCACAUGCCUUCGUCGUUGGAGAGCCUGCACUUGUCCGAGAGCAGCGAGCAACUGCUGCAACUGCCUGCAGACCAAUGCCUGGGGUCUUCCUCUUCCUACUCCAAUUUCAGCCACCUGAAGAAGCUUGGGCUAUGGGGGAUGACAGGACUAGGAUCUGGACGCCGGUGGGAGCUUCUGCAACACAUGACGGCGCUCGAGUCAUUGGAGAUCAACUCCUCUCUGGUGCUAAGAGAGCUGCCAGAGGGGUUGCGGAGCCUCACGUGCCUCCAGUCACUAAUCGUGUUCGCGUGCUCAGAUCUUCUCGUGCUGCCCGAGUGGAUAGGGGAGCUUGCGUCCCUGCAGCAGCUGUGCAUCUGGACCUGCGAUGUCUUAAGCAGCCUUCCCCAGUCACUGGGGCAGCUCACAUCCCUCCAGAUGCUCUCCAUAGAAGCAUGCUACGAGCUUCACCGGCUGCCUGAACGCAUAGGGGAGCUCUGCUCUCUACGCAAGCUCAGGAUCAGGGAUUGCCCGAGGCUGGCUUGCCUUCCGCAAAUGUCCGGCCUCACCUCCCUUCAAGAACUCCUGAUCAGCGACUGCCCAGGCCUCACAUCCUUACCGCAGGGGAUGAUGAGCGGCCUCGCUUCCCUUGAAAAGCUGAUUGUCAGUGACUGCCCGGGGAUCAAAUUCUUGCCUCAAGACAUAAAAGGCCUCACCACUCUGAUGGAAUUGCGGAUCCGUAGGUGCCCUGAUCUGGAGAGGCGUUGUGAGACAGGAAAAGGGGAGGACUGGCACCUCAUCUCCCACAUCCCUAAUUUGAGGAUUUGGUGAUCAGCAGCCAGCCUGCCAUGGCAUCAUCAUCUGCUGCAUAUACAUCAAUGUUCCAGCUUCAGGCACUCCUGGAUGGAGUGCAAUGCAACCUUUUCAUCAAGAUAAAAUUUGCUUCAUGUCCAGCGAAGUAUGUCACAUUCCCCCUUUUUUUUCUUAUGCAAAUAUUGCUACAUGGUUGUCGGGUACCAUAAUUAGGGGUACCCCCAGUACUACUAAGCAUGGCUGGAGAACAUCUUUAAAAUAAACCAUAAAGACUGGGAAGCACGGUUCAAAGUUAAGGCCUCAUCUACCGAGGGACGCGAUCCCGUCUCACCCGAGCCCAGCCUCGGGCAAGAACAGUAGUCCCGAACCAGUGGCGGAGGACGCCAGAAAAAUUAGGUGUUGCUAAUGCAACGAAGACUACCUUUGAUCUUUCUAUGCUUUGCUCACAAGUCUCACAAGUCACAAUCAGACAACUAGAAGCAUAGAAGCACGAAGCAAGCAGACAACUAGAAGCACGAAGCAUUAAGCAAGCAGCCAAGCAGACGUGCGGCCAAGCAGGAAGCAGCGGC